CAAAAACUUAUCUGUUUAAAGAAGAAGACGGAACAUCAGACGUAGAAGCAACCGAAAACAAAAAAAAAUGAUGGACGUAGAAAGGAUGGAGAAAAAAUUUAACGAAGAUCUCGAGAAUUUAAAGAAGAAGAUAGAAGAAGACCUGAAGGAAAUCACGAGGAAAAAUAAUAAAGAGCUCAAGAAAGUAAGGAAGGAGCAUAAUAAAGAGCUUAAGAAAAUAAGGAAGGAGCAUAAUGAAGAUCUAAAGAAUCUAAUCACCGAGAACAAUGAAAUGGUGAGGGUAGUGAUGAUGGACAAUGAUAAAAAGCUUGAGGAGAAGCGUUGUGAGCUCGAAGAAUUAGAGGAUGUGAACUCGGCACUCAUCAUAAAGGAACGUCAAAGCACUGAUGAGUUGCAAGAAGCACGCACAGAAUUGAUUAGGGGAAUGAGAGAUUUAUCGUGUGAAGGAUCUAUGAUCAGAGUUAAGAGGAUGGGAGAAAUUGAUGAGAAACCUUUCCUGAAAGUAUGCAAGCAGAGAUUCAGAGGCGAAAACGUUGAGCUUCAAUACGCCAUGCUUUGCUCCAAAUGGCAGAAAGCCCUUAAAGACUCAGCAUGGUACCCAUUUAAACGCGUGGGAGCUGGAGAAAAGAUGAAGGAAGUUGUGGAUGAUGACGAUGAGGAACUUAAGAAAUUGAAUGAAGAGUGGGGAGAAGAUAUAAAGACCGCAGUUAAGACAGCACUCGAGGAGCUCAACGAGUUCAACCCAAGUGGUCGGUGUUCAGUUCCUGUACUGUGGAAUUUUGAACACGGGAGAAAAGCCACACUCAAAGAAGGUAUUGCUCACAUGAGUCAGCAGAUCAAAAAUCUCAAACGCAAACGAACCUAAUUAAAAGGGAGAUGGAUGAUCAAUGAAAGAUGGAAAAUAGGUUGUUACCUGUUUUUUGUAACUUGCUAGUCACUAGUCAGUGUUUCUCGUUUUGUAUUUUAAAAUCUAAACCCGUUGGAAUGUACUCUUUUGAAACUCUAUAUUGGUAUUAACUAAAUUUCUA